AAAAAAAAAAACAUGUCCAGUGAUGUUUUAUUAUCACUGCACCAACAACUCAAAAAAUGCUUUGAGACGCUAAAAGCGAAUAAAAGCGUUUGGGACAGUGAAUCAGCUGAAUGUAAACCUCUCAUGAGCUCUCUUGGAAACCUUGCAGUGCAGCUGAAGACCCUGAAAAAAGUUCAGAUUGCAAACACACCUCUUUCCAAUUUCCCGAGUUUACAAGAACGCCUUCAUUACAAACUGUCACUGGCUGUGGAUGCAGUUUUGGGGAAGCUAGCUGAGAAAAUGGAUGCUCUUCAGAGGGUACGGGACGCCAUCAGUAAACAGGUGUCUGCUGUUUUCCAGUUCUAUGAGAAGAACACAGACACUCUUGACAUUGCUGGAUGUGUCUCCAGAUCAGCCACCUGUCCCUCCAUCUCAGAUAUGUUAGAGUGGCUUCAAGAUGCAGAUCGCUGUUACCACCUACAAUUAGUGCAGAGAAGGAACCUCCUGCAGGCGCUGACACCCAGUGACCUUACGUUAAUGGAAACGGCACCAAAGAGAUGGGAAUCUCUUCAUUCAGCUAGUGGAGAGGAGAGAAUUGCAGAUGCAUUGUGUCAAGUUUCGUUUUUCAUGGAGACUGAAUGAUUGUCAGCUAUUUAUCCAGUAUCCUGUGUUGGCUGUUGUUCUCAGUUGGCAAAGAAGAAUCCUUAAAAAAGGACAGCUGUAUAGUAAUGUUGGACCUCAAGACUCCUGGAUUAAUUGAGUUUUGCUAUGGACAUUGAGUUGAAUAUUCAAAGACUGAAUAUUAGCAUCAUUGUAAGAGCAGUGGUCUGUUUUAAUAAAUGUGGUUAUUUAA